AUGCCUACCGUCGACACGAACAUCGAGGCCCUGCGCACCAACAGCGCCACAAGCUCACCUGUCACGCCCGUCUCGCCGGUCAACUCGGGGGGCUCAUCAGAAUCACUGCGUGAGGUAUGCGCGGUAUACAAAAUGCAGGCAACAAGGCUCAGCUCCGGUAAAGAGCUGCCAGCUGUGUAUAUCAAGUUCGAACGAAAGCCGAAGAUGGUCAUGCCGGAACCGCCGAACGAGUAA